AUGUCUUCGGGUCACUCAGUAGAAUCACUUGAGACUACUGAUGUGCCAGAUUCUGCUAUUCCAUUACCUCUUGAAGCUCAAAGGUUGUUAUCUGAAUUUGUUGAAGGAGUUGUAGAAGGGCAAAGGAGUGAAUUGCUUGUAUCAAGAAACAUUAUAACCGGUAAACUUCCUGCCACUAAAACAAGUUCACCAUCACCAAGAUUGCGUACUGGAGGUACUUUACGCAUUGGUACUCCAGUAGCAUCUUCAAUACGAUCUCGAGUAACACCAACACCUCCAACCAUUCAAACAACAACAACAAUUCCAUCAACAACAAUUCAAACAACAAUAAUUCCAACUGUUCCACCAACAACAACACCAACGCCAAUAACUCAAUCAUUCCCCGAUCCAAGUUCACCACAUCAUUCUUCCAGUUCUUCUUCUUCCGAAUCAUCUGAUUCAACCGAAUACUUAAGUGAUUGUUCACCGAAAAGAAUUGCCACCAGUGGUUUAUCAACCGACACUCUUAUUGUUGCACUCAUGCAUCGGUUGAGAUCUGAAGAACCACAUCUCACUUCUCACAAAAGAUCAAUCUUUCAAUCACUUCUAGCAUAUAUGUCAUUUCAAGAUUCAGAUGACUUACCCCCGCUUGUCAGAAACAUUUCACAUUAUUAUUCCACAACUUUAAGUUCUGAUGAGUCAAGUGAUCCUGAUCCAUUUCAACCAGAAGAUGCUAAUAAUGAUGAGUCUGAUUCAUCUGAUUCUGAUGAUCCUGAUAAUGCUCCAACAAGUGAAGCCAUUCCACAAUCUUAG